UAGUUAUACCGUGUACGAAACACCGACGCACUUUCUGUCUUUCUCUCUUAAAAACUCCCCCUUUUCAUCUUCUUUCUUCUUCUUCUUCUCAAUUUGAGAAGACCCCAAAUUUGAGAUCACACCAGAAACAGAAGAAAGUACAGAUUUUUUUCUUUCUUUAUCAGCCAUGAAUCCAGAAUAUGAUUAUCUGUUCAAGCUCUUGCUUAUUGGAGAUUCCGGUGUCGGUAAAUCAUGUCUUCUUUUGAGGUUUGCUGAUGAUUCUUAUCUAGAGAGUUACAUCAGUACUAUCGGGGUUGACUUCAAAAUCCGGACAGUGGAACAGGAUGGGAAGACCAUUAAGCUUCAGAUUUGGGACACAGCUGGACAAGAACGUUUCAGGACGAUCACUAGCAGUUACUACCGUGGUGCACAUGGCAUUAUAGUAGUGUAUGAUGUCACUGACCAGGAGAGCUUCAACAAUGUGAAGCAAUGGCUAAAUGAAAUUGAUCGAUAUGCUAGUGAGAGUGUCAAUAAACUUUUGGUUGGAAACAAAUGUGAUCUCACAGCAAACAGGGCCGUCUCUUAUGAGACCGGCAAGGCACUUGCUGAUGAAAUUGGGAUUCCAUUCCUGGAAACAAGUGCAAAGAAUGCCACUAACGUCGAACAAGCUUUCAUGGCCAUGGCUUCUGAAAUCAAAAACAGGAUGGCAAGCCAACCAGCAAUGAACAACGCAAGACCUCCAACAGUCCAAAUCAAAGGACAACCACUGAACCAGAGCAGUGGGUGUUGCUCCUCUUAGAUGAAGAACAAAGUAUUACAAUGCAAUACGCCAAUACCUCUCUCCCAUCUUCUACUGCACGCAUGUAAAACUAGCUAGCUAGUAGGUUUCGUUGUUUCUCUUAUUCGUUGUCAAGGCACUUAAAACCAAGUUUCUCUUUGUGAUUUGUUGUUUCUUAUUGUCAUUGUAAUUUCAUUCUUUUCUCUUUACUUUCUAUACUAUUUCAUUUAAACAUUGGGGGCCUGUACAAAUCAGGAAUAUGAUCUUAUUCAAUAGCAGCAUUCUUUCUUUGUGUUUA